GAGAGAUUUCAAGAAAUGGGGAGAGAAAAAAAUGGCAAAAACUGGCUAAUUGUGAAUCUCUUAUAGCAGUCCUUCCAGCAUGGGUCUCUGGGACUUCUUCUGACGUUAUCACAUUUCAGAAACAAUGCGUUUGCAUCAGAACAUAUGUAUUUGCUGAGUUCCACCAUCUGGUCUGCCUAAACAAUUUCUGUUUACUCCUACUUGUACUUGCGCUUCGUCCCCCAAGCGGGGUUUUCAAGGCUCUUACAUAGUAAGCAUACCUGCCCUGCGACUGCGAACUCGCUUCAGUUUCUCGUUAGUAUUUUCCCAGAAAGCUCUCUUCCUCUUAACCCUGGCAUGUAUUCUGAUCGGCAUUACCAUUCUCGAUCGAUCAACUUGUCUCUUUUUUUUUUUACAACUCAAGCACCGAUUGAUUGCGUUAAGUGAUCGGGCUUCUGCCAAUCUUCUUUGCAGUAAUCCACACCAGAUAAUCAGAAAAAUCCCAAGCCGCAUAUAUUUCCUUUUUUAACAUCCUGCUUCAAUUAGCCCUAGUAAAUAUAGAUUUCCAAAAUAUCAAACACCUGACUGCUGCAACGAAGCAGAUGCGAGAGAAAGAUUGAAACGAUGCAAUGAGUACUUCUACCUCUGUCCAGCAAGCUGCAACGACACAGGAUCUUCCCGUUAAAGGUCCUGUAUGGGUUAGCAAAUUCACAACACCGUCUCCUUCCCGCGAUGAUAACUCUCGGGAGUUACUUCUUGGUCUUAACGACGAGGCAAAUAGUCAUAAUAUACAUUAUGAUCGACCAAGUUGCGAGCAACUCUCCUGUGAAUGGACAGGUUACCGCGACGGAGUCGAAGCCGGCACACCCGAGCCGCUACUACCAGAAAAUGAGAAGUUUCAAAAACUAGUGGAGGUACCAAGAGUUCCAUGGCGGUAAAUUCGUACUCAACACCCCUUCCAGCUACCGAGGACGUGCUGGAAGCCUAGCCAAAGCAACAGGAGGUAAAAUAUUAAUGGUAAAACUGCGUUUGGCACCACAGAGUCCCUUCCCAACAGCUUUCCUAGAUGUAUUCCAAACCUACCUCUUACGUCUCGCAUCACCUCCCAACUCACCACACGAGGCCAUUCCAGCCAAAAACAUUGUAUUGGCAGGCGACAGUUCCAGAUCUGUCCUCGCAUUAAGCUUGUUACAAGUCCUUUUGCAGCUCAAGCGAAAAAAUAUCCCAAUGAAGUUCCAUGAAAAUACACUCCAGCCAGCAGGUCUGACACUUUUGAGCGUCACGAC